GAUGCCCAAAGAGCCAUGUCCGCGAUGAACAAUGUCGAGUUCGAUGGACGGCAAAUCCGUGUCGACAAAGCCUCAGACACCGGUCCCAAGGGUGGCAGCGGGCGGGGUGGUGUCCCGACCGGUUAUGGCCGAGGCGGAUUCCAGUCUAUGCCCAUGGCCGGCGGCCCCGUGCCCGGAAUUGCGUACGGCACCCAUCAGCCAUAUGGGAUGCCGCCGAAUAUCUACCCUCAGCCGUAUGGGCGAGGCUAUGUUCAGCCCGCCCCGGCCGGAUACGCCGUUCCCCUGCAAGCUUGGACGGGGCAGCCCUACGGGUACCCCGACCCGUCUCAGCAAGGCCAACCCCCUCAGCUGCCGAACCAAGGUCCGGGUCAGGGCGGAUAUUAGGAGACGCCGGCACCGAAUCCUGAAGACCUCCUUCGAAAGGACCAAGCCGAAACGGAGCUUGAGAGAACAGUAACCGAUAGAAAAUCGCCGACGACAAGAGAACAUCAACACACCUUGAGCCUCUCCUCCGCCCACCCCUUGCUUGCUCAAGCUCGCCAUGUCGAGGAUUCUGUACGAUCAGGCGUUGCUGCUCUGUGAACGAUCCACCCGCAAGAUACCCCUGCGUGUUCUGUUCUUUUCUCGCUUGCUCAGGCCUCAUGCUUUUUUUCUCAUUUUUCCUGAUCAGCCUUCUGUCGUCUUCGGCCGGUCCGACUUACUGAACCCGAGAUCUCCAUGGUGGCCUCGGUAUGAACGAAUAUAUCGCUUCUUUUCCUUCCCGUUGUUUGCUGUUGUUCAUUUUGUUGAGUGCUUUAUGUUUUCGUCAUGUUCCUUCACCCCUUUGCCUCGCCUUAUUUCCUGUUAAGAGAACUGAUUGUCCCCUAUUUCAUGACGCAUCUGGGU